CAGAGUUGCUGCAAUAUGCCGCCCACAACCCCCUCCUCAACCUUUAUCUUUCGUCCCUAAAAGCCUUUUUACUUCCUGGUGUUGCUCCGAUCUUUAUUUUCCCCCGAUGCUCGCUGACGUCCUGCGUACCAUCCGCCGGAGCACCUGAACAUCGAACUAUCGCUGCCGGCUCGGUCUGCCGAGGCUCUCCGCUAUCCCGACGUCUCGACACCAUGGACGCUUUGGUUUCUCGUCUGGAUGCUCUCGUUACAAAUGCGGAUCUUGCACCGCUCCUGUCACUUGUAAAGGGUAUUCGCAAUGGCGCAGUAUACGGCGCCAAGGUGCGGUUUCCGCAUGCUCUGGUGAUGAUUUUUCUUUUUCGAUCCGGAACUAUUCGCGAGAAAGUCAAGCUCGUUCUCAACGCGACCCGCCAACAUGCCCGUAACCUCGCCGUCUUUUGCUUUAUAUACAAGAGCUCUAUGAUUGUCUUGCGCAAUCUCAACCCCGCUGGUGUCGGGAAGGAGGGGCAUUACGAUAGUUUCCUUGCAGGACUGCUGGGAGGCUACGCGGUUUUCGGCCGGCACAAGUCCAGCAUCACGCAACAGAUCGUGAUUUAUAUCUUUGCCCGCGUAGUCCUUGGCUUCGCCAAACUCUCCGUUCAGCCCGGGAUGCACCCACUAUCAUCUCUUAUCGGCCCUGAAGCACGAAAACAGAUCGAGAGCAACGCCUGGGCUGUCUUUGCGUCGCUGAGCUGGGCAUCUGUCAUGUAUCUCUUCCGCUGGCAUCCCGAAGUCUUAAUGUCUAGUUUGCGGAGUAAUAUUCCGACUCAGAUCACUGGGACUCGUUCCGCAACUUCCUAG